AUGUCACAAACGUCAAACCAUAACCUCACUUUAUUUGUUUUUAUCUCGCGUUUGUUUACUUACACUUACAGAAUGGAAGUCGUGAGUAAUUCGUCUUUGAAUAAAUACGAAACAAUCAUUAACGAAAUUAACGAUGAACACGAAAAAUCGGAUCACUUGAACGAUCAAUUGAAACGCGAGAACAACAACCUGAUUUUGUACAAUUUAAUCAGGAGUACGGCCAUUAGCAAAUUGUGUUACCUGAACGUGCAAAUCUUCAACAAUUUGGUGGAUUUGUACGAUUUGUACGGAAGCGAAUUGGAUAAAAACGCGCUACAAGAAGUUUAUAAUAAAUAUUGCAAGUAUUAUGUAGUGGAAGUUUACGUUACGAAGCAUUUAGUGCAGAAACUAACGGCCUCCGAUAGACUCAUUUUAUCCAUACAAGGUGAUGAUUUAUACACUUCGAAAUCUUUACAAUUAACACACGACGCUCAAACGAUAUUAGAAGUAUUUCCUGUUGAUGCGAGUAUUACAAAUUGCAUAGUCGAUGCAUUUUUGGUGAACAUGGAAACUUCGGUGGUUUUUAAACUAGAUUUCGUGCAUAUAGAUGUUUCUUAUCAUUUCGAUAAAUACAACAGGAAAUCGGAAAAUAAAGUGCAUCACAUUCUACAGUUAUCCGGAUUGUAUAACGAACAAAUCAACGCGUCGAUUCUCAAAAAUUGCUCGAUUUCCUACGAAAUGCAAUCACUGAUCGACAGGCGAAUAUUCAUCGAAAUUUUAAUGCAAAACGCUUAUCAUAAUCUAUCGAGUAUGCUGUCCGAUAAAGACGAUACUGAUAAAAGCGAUUUUGCUAUUAACAUGGACUCCGGUUUCUGGAAAAUCGAGCUAACACACAAUCGAAACAACCGGAUCAAGAUCAAGGGAAAUUACUUAGACGUGUGGAGGUUAAAGAGGUAUUUUUUCGAUUUGUUUUACCAGAAAUUCGGGAAUACCGGCGAAACAUUUCGACCUUUUAAGAUCGAUGAAGGAUUACUAUCAAAUCUAGAAGGCGCUGUAAAUAUUUAUAACAAACUAAGAUUGUCGACCUAA